UGUUGUUUAUUUUAAACGACACUGGCCCAACCUGAAUGAGGAGGACUGCUGUGAGCGUCUUUUUCACGGAGGUAGACUAGGCUUGUUUAAAUAUAAAAGAAACACAGAGAUCUCAUAAAGAGACUGUUGCAUGGUCUCUCAAGAAUUUUUCAUAUUUCUUUGAGUGUUAUUGAAAUGGAUCUUCAAUUAGGUUUUGAUGAUGAGGAUUUGGAUUGUUAUCGGGGGAGCUCUGAAGGCGACCGCCACCUACCAUACAACGUCAAAUUAUGCACACCUCAAUGGUUUGAAAACUGUGCUUCUUCUGUGUGCAAUACAAGCGCACCUGCUGACCCAGAAGAGCUGCAUAACACUUUAAAAUUCAGUGGUGAUUUUCACUAUGGACAAAAGCAAUUUUCCAAAGCUGCAAAGCAAUAUGAGGCUGUUUUAGAUGUACUCCCAGAAUCCAAUGUUUCAGUCGCGCAGGAUGUGAGAGAGUCACUGUGCCGAUGCUAUUCACACUGUGGGAGGCAUGAAGAAAGUCUAAACCUUGCAAAACAGUUGGUGUCAGAACUGGCAACUGAGGAUAUUGCUAGACAGAGGCAGAGUUUGAUACUUUAUUCUUCAGUGUGUGAGAUGAGUGGGAGAUGGGCAGAGUGUGUUGAGGCCCUUGAAAGGUUAUGCUGCAUCCAGCCGUACUACGAUAAGUUUUGGCGUCAGCUCGGUGGUGCCUAUAUGAAGCUGACGUCUGAACUCUCAUCAAUCAAUGCCUCAGACCACACUUCUUCUUGCACUGCAGGAGAAUACCUGGAACUGGCCUUGACAUGUUUUGUGCGAGCCAGAUUACUGUUACAAUCUUCAUUGUUCAGAGCAAGUGACAUCAUAAAAGAACGGAAUAAACAGCUCAUAGAACAGACGACAGAGACUGUGAACAAGCUCCCUUUACCUGAAGACCAAAAGGAAUAUGCUAAUCAAUGUAUGAUGAAGAGUGAUACUGAGACCGUGGACUCGCAGAAUGAUGAGGGAACAACUCAAGAUCUUGCCAAGGAUUCCUCGGCACAGGUGUCCAAUUCCAAGCUGUUUUAUGAGAAAUUCUGCUCGUGGAUAGAACAGUACCAUCGGAACUUACAGCAGUCGAAUACUUAAGUUAUUAAAUUGUUCACAUUUCAAGUAA